AAAAAAACGAGGUUAGAUGAAGACUUGUCUCAAAAGUCAACAACCCAAUUCACCAAAUGGUAUUUCUCUGAAAUCAAGAAUUCGAUUAAAACAAACCCCAUUGAUAUGAAGCUCUGAAUUGAAUUUGUUACAAUUCAUCAACAAUGGACGCCGUGAAGCGGAGAACGGUCAAAACCCUAGUAUCAAAGCUGACCUCCGUGUCGGAGCAAACCCGGACAGACGCACUCUGCGAGCUCCGCCUCCUCUCCAAGAACGACGACGAGAGCCGCCCCUUGAUCGCGGAGGCCAACGCCGUCCCUCUAAUCGCCGAAUCCCUCUACUCCCCCACCGCCCUCCUCCAGGAGAACGCCACCGCCACCCUCCUCAACCUCUCAAUCUCCUCCAAGGACCACCUCAUGUCCUCCCACGGCGUCCUCGACGCCCUCUCCCACGCCCUCCGCCACCCCGCCUCCCCCUUCUCCGGCCAGUGCGCCGCCGCCACCAUCUUCAGCCUCCUCAGCGUCGAGUCCUUCCGCCCCAUCAUCGGCCACAAGCGCGACAUCAUCUUCGGCCUCCUCGAGAUCGUCAGAUCCCCGAGCUCCGCCGCCCGGUCAAUCAAGGACGCCCUCAGGGCACUCUUCGGGGUGGCGCUGUACCCGCUGAACCGGGCCCAAAUGGUGGAGCUCGGGGCGGUUCAGGCCCUCUUCUCCCUCGUCGUGAAAGACGGCCGGGUGGGCCUCGUCGAGGACGCCACGGCCGUGAUCGCGCAGAUCGCCGGAUGCGAGGAGAGCUGGGAGAUUUUCAAGAAAGCGUUGGGGGUCGAGGUCUUGAUGGAUUUGCUCGACAAUGCCACGGGUUCGAGCUCGAGGACCAAAGAGAAUGCCGCCUCGGCUCUCUUGAAUCUCGUGCAGUGCGGCGGAGAAGCGGUGGCGGUUGAUGUUAGGGGGAAGUUGGAGAAUAGGGUUAUCGAUGGGAUUCUUGAUAUUGUCGAAACCGGAACCGAUAAGGGGAAGAGUAAAGCGGCGGCGCUUUUGAAAGUUCUCGAUGCCAGGAGUGCCAGGUUUGAGGCUUUGUCUCGAUAAUUUUAUUUUUUUUGUUUUCGUUUAGUUGUUCUUGUUUUGUUAUUGCAAUUGUUUGUAUAUAUUGUUGUUUCGAGACGAAUUCGAUGAAGUCGUUCGUAGCUGGUGUCGACAUAUAUUAGAUAUGCUAACACAAUUGAUGUUGUUAUGAUUGUUUCAUUUGUUGUAAGGAAAAAAAAUGAAGUCUUGUAUUAAUAUUGUUUGUGAUUUAGAUGAGUGACCUAAAUUUUCAUUCGUGU